AUGCCUUUGCCACUUCCCUCCACGUUCGUGACAAGCACGAUCCCGGUCGUGUUUAACAAUGCCUACAUUAUCGGCGCAACAUCACCAAACAUAAGAACUGGCCACCCAUGCGAGGACGGAUGGCUUCUAGCAGAUUUCUAUGCCUUCAAUUACCUACUCAAGGACUUGGGGACUUCACAGAUAUGGCUGACUGUUGAGGACCCGAGGAAGUACUUGAGCGCCUAUCCAGACAUCAAGUUCUUGCUACACGGAAACCCGUACAAGGAGCGGAAGAUAGCGCUCAGCGAUGACCUUCUCGACCAAGCCUCCUUCACGCCCGUAACCGUAGUGGACAAUACAGACAUAGUCGAGACGUUCCUCUCACAUGUCACGGGUACGUCCCAGGACGCCAGGGGCGACGCGACACACUUGAUCAUCUUUCUAUUUUGUCACGGGGGUAAUGAAGCUCGAUUCAUCCUCGACCAUAGUGAUACGGCAGGCGGCGUGACUCUCUCCCAAAUUAGGGAAGCCAUAGAGCCUGGUUGUCAAGUUACGCUUAUCAGUUCAUCAAGCUUUUCGGGAGGAUGGAUCGCACGAGAGCUACACCUCGAGUCCACUGGGCCUGCGUGGAAGAUCAUUCCGUCGGCUGCAGGCCCUGACUCGGAGUCAAACCCUUGGGCCCAGUCAGGAAGUCUCAGCCGUUUCAGUGGUGCCGUCUUCGCAAGAUCCCUCAGUGAAUCCCUGAACCAAGAGACCACGACCAGCCUCGUCAAUAGGCCCGACGAACGAGCGGAGGGAACCCUUAUCCAACCUUCAGGUGCGACUGCCGAGCAAAUAAUGACCUACAAUGCCUUCUGCCGCUCCAUCCUUGACAUUUGUGGUACCUCGGAGCACGGUUUUUCAUUCAAAGCUCAGGACGAUCCCUGGGACUACCCGUCGACAGGGCGGCUCGGGGUUCCCCUCGAUCACUUCCAGCAGAGGUGGCAGGCCUUGCCAAGCGUCCCCUGUACCAGAUCCGCGCAUGAGCAACCCAACAAAGACCCUAGCUCUUCGAAGGUGAAUUGCCCUACCGAUCCACAAGCUUUCCAAACCGGCUCUGCAUCGGUCCUAGAUGAUGACUUAGCGAAGCUCAUUCGCGACAAUCAAGUGGCCCAGAUGGCCGCCAUGUUUCUGGAAACGUGCCCAAAUGACUGGACAAGAGGCUGGGGCCCUGGGUUUUACACGGAGCUCAAGCGCGCAUCAAACAAAGAGGACGCGCUCGAUGAAGACCUCGACAUCGUGGCCGCAAUCCAGUUCCGUUGGGAGCUAGGCCUCCUAGCAGACCAAAUCGUCGAGAUGUUCAAGCUUCCUGUUCCGAACUCCGAGAGAUGCCUCUGGUGGGACGACGUUGCAUGGAAGCGUAGUCUCUGGAACGGGAGGAUUCCCGGGGCCAGCCACCUAAAGACGGUAGUUUUUUUGGCGCUGGGCCGCGGUGGUUUCGAGCCGUCUCCAUGUCCAUUCCAAGGGCCUCCCUUCCCACGCUUUACACUCUACGUUUCAGCCGCCGUUGUCGAAGCUCAACUGGGCGAGGAGAAGGCGUUGGAGCUAGUCGAGGAGCUCCUCCAGUUCAUGCGAGAUGUCAAGGCGUUCUACAAGCAGAAGGUGCAGGCCAGCGAGGCGGUUAUGGAAAAGAAGAAUAAUUGGGUGAAGUCCCUGCUAUCUCGUGCUCGGUAG